AUGAAGCAACAGCAAGCGCAACUCAAACAGCGACCCAACUCCCAAAACUACCAGUUUGCAACUACAUCACAAGAGAUCUUGAGAAAAUACUCGAAAUAUCCAGCAUCGCUCAGUCUCCAUAUCUUUGAGACACACUAUCGAUUCAACAACUCGCAGGAUUCCAAUGUCAUACCCAAAAACUCUCCCAUGAUCAAGAGCUUUUUUCAACAUGUCUUGAAAGAACAGAUACCCAUAGAAAUGAGUGAGCUUCUCAAGGAUUUCUCCAUACGUUCAUACGACGGGUGUUUGAUCUUGCAGGUUUACGAUCACAGAAAUAUUGUGGCUACCCUGAACCCCACCAGAGCUAGUGCCAGUGGAAGUAGCCCUGCAGUUGACUCCAAGCCCAAAACCGAAGACUCCACUUCCACAAGUUCUCCAGCACCCACCAUUAACAAACCUAAAACAUACAGAACUUUAUUGCGUCCCACCCAACUCUCCAUUUACUAUGAUCUUUUAUACCACACUGAUUCUGCAUUGACAAAAUUCACUGAUCAGCUAUCUCUCCAGAUGGAGUCGGAGAUCCUUACAUUAACAAAUAGAAAGUUGGAUUUAUCUGUGCCGUUGAACCCCUACUUGUGUGCUGACUAUCUCAAGCCGGAAGAAGAGUAUCCUAAGAAGGUGUGGAAUGAAGAGAAACAGGAUUAUGACUUGGUUCAUGAACACCGCGAGGCAGUCGAAAACGAGCCUAGAAAGUUGCGUCAAGACGAACUUGUGUUGCACAAGUCAUCGGAAUACGAAGAGCUUAUGCUUUUGCUUUCAAAUAAAUACAAGCGCUCGGAUGAAGCCAAAGGUAAAAGGUUGGUGGUUGUUGGGUCAUCAUCAUUGGCAGCAGCCACAUCCACUGCACCAACAAGUUCUACAUCUGCCAAGCCACUUGUUAAGGAUGGAGCUACUGGACCCGAUGGAAAACUCAAGAAGGGAGAUAAACCCGCAACCACUGCCCCACAAGCAACCUCCGUUCAGACUCAAAGCACGUCCAGAAAUACAGGCCAGUUUAUGAGAUUGAGAUUGAUCGAAGAAAUCCGAAAGAAGAGGGAGGCAGACAAAGCGAGACAAGAUGCCAAGAUCCAGGAGCAAGCCAAUGUCAUUAACCAGAGUAACACUAGGCCAAUUGUCAUGCAAAAUGAUAAGAAGGCAAUGGUGAACCAAUCCCAGCAAAUCCAAGAUCCUCAAAUCAAGCAACAACACAUGCCACCACAAGCCCCCAACCAACCUCCUCUCAAAAAACAGAAACCAGAUGGGAUGGGAGAUCUCGGAAAUGUGCCCUCGCAUAAUAUGCCUAUGAACAAUAAUAUGGUCGGUGCAAACAUCCAAAAUGUUCCACAACAAAGAGCAAGUCCAGCACCUAGAUCACAAGGGCAAGUCCCCCAUCAACCACAGGCACAACAACAGGCCCAGUCAUCAGCACAACCACUGUCUUCUUCAGGCUCGGCCAAUGAAAAGCAACCAUCACUUCAGCAGCAGCAACAACAGCAAAUAUUCCAAAAUUCGUUAACCGCUGAAGAGCAACAGCAUUUCCGUCAAUUGCAGAGCAGAAUGAGUGCUUUCGCACAAAUGAGCAGCUCAGGAGUUGCCCCAACUGGCCAGCAAUUAACUCCUCAACAGCAGCAGCAAGCUCUUCAGCAAGCUAAAUUGAUCCAACAACAAUUGGUUCAAAAAUUCCCAGUAUACUUCCAGAGGCUCCGUCAAUUCCAAUUGAUUCAGCAACAAAGACAGCAAAAGCUGCUGCAACUUCAGCAAAACCAAAGGAAGCCUCUGCCUGGUAUAGGGAAUAAUCAAAACCUUGCACAGCUCAAUCAGCGUCCUAAUGUUGGUGGAAAGACCAUUCCUGGUUCGCAACAAUUCAGUCCUGACAAGAGAAAGGCCUUCAAAAAGAAGUAG